AUGACAGCAACACUUUCUGUGUCGGACCAGAUUCGACAGCUCGACGAUGCACGAAAGCUGGUUUUGGGAGACGUCAAAUACUACCCCAGUGUCGUCAAAGGAAUACUGCCCAUCAUUGGACCUAGCGCACCACUCGAGCUGCGGAGAUGGGGCGCCGAAUUCCUUGCUGAAGCUUUCGCGACGCCAGCUUUACCAAAUGGAGAGAAAGAAACAAUGCAACCUUAUGUUUUACCAACAUUGGAAUCCCUGCUUGAGAAUGAGCGAGAGGACCCUCAAGUCCUGCGCAGUGUGAUUCAAUGCGUUGCCAGUAUUUAUCCCUUGGCGAUGCGGUGGAUCAUAAAUAACGGUUACGACACAAUCACUUGGGAAAGAAUGGUGGCUGUGAAGCAAAAGGUUUUGAGAAUAUGGGACAAUGCUGGUCCCACCUAUGGCGGUACGCUCGAUGUUUCUCUGGAUAAAGUCCCUUCGAACCACCAGUCCCUGGACCCUAGGAAUCUAGAGGCUGAGGCGUCGGGGCUUUUGGACCGAAUGCUGGGCGCCCUACUGGAAAGCAGCGAUGCUUUGAUUGUAGAUGCGACCUUGAACUGCAUGUCUAUCAUCAUAAGAGCGCGUCCAGCUACAUCAAAUCGAAUCAUCAAUGCCCUCCUUGGCUUUAACCCCCUCAAGCUUGCCAACUCCCCCCUUACACCAAAGAGCCGGGUCAUGAUCAGGUCGAUGGAGAAGACAACUCGCAUGCUACUGAUUCACCUUGUAAAACGAGAUCCCCACAACCCGAUGGUCCCCAGAAUACAGCAGCACGUAGAACGUAUGAUGCGUACCAUGGCCGAUAUUUUUGACAAUUCUGGACACAAGCGCCCCCUUGAACCGCCACCUCAAGACGAGUACGAGGCCAAACGGCCACGGCUGUCUCCAGCGCAAAUCCAGAUUCCACCCCUGGGUCCAAGCCCGCACAGUCUAGCCGACAUUUUCACCCUUAUCGACAACAGUGCUCUCAAGAACUUUGAUAUUUCGCAAGUUCCCGCGCCCCUGGUUGCCAGAAUUGCCGUCACAACACUGGCGAGGCUAGAUCCCCAAGUACUGUCCAAGGCAGUUGACGGCAUCCGUGGCCGCCUCGAUACCCUUGCCAGUGCUCCAGUACCUGAGCUGAAUCCUAACACAGCUCCGUUGGGUGUGGAAGAAGACGACGAUGAUUAUGAACCUGAUUUCUAUCAAGCGGAGGAUACAGAGCAAAUUCUUAACAAGCUAGAUAGCUCGCCGACCCAUGAAGCACCAUUGUUGGACGAUGGUCUUGCCUUGAAGUCAUUCCACCUACACCAGCCUAGUGCCCUGACACCAGAAGCGGCAUUGACAGCAGGCAAUGGCACAGUGACCCGGGUCAUUGAGAUGAUGAAAUCUAUGGAAGAACCAGCAAAGAAAAGCAAGGCUGGUUUCAGCAGACUGGCAGCUAGCUCUGGCAACCGGGACUCGUGGAUGACAAUUCUAGCGCGACUCGCUACUCGCUCCGUGGCUGGUCUGGAAGAGACGACCAUCAAGGAUGAAGACGGCUCGCUAACACACCAAUCCCUCAGCAGCAAUAUUCGCGACGUCCUAUAUUCCUACGUGAUGGAAGACUUCCGCAAGCACAUUGAUGUAGCAGUCUCUUGGCUCUGCGAGGAGUGGUACAACGAUAAGCUGCAGCAGAAGAAGGGCGGCGAUCGGCCUCUAUACUACGAAAAGUGUUGCCUGCGGCUGAUUGAUGGUGGUCGAGAUACCUGA